AAAGUAAAGCCAAUAUUGGUCGCUAGAUUUGGCAAAAUUCGUUUUUGUGGGUGCUAUCCUGUGAACAUAGAAAAGGUCGAAAAAUAUCCAGUCACUGAAACCACUUUGGAACCAUUGAGGAGAAGAUUUUAUACAAAUGUUCCUACGUCUUAUAUGGACAACAUUAUAAGUGGAGUUGUUCCAAAAAUUGGAUUUGAUUUUGAGACAGAUAAGGAUGUAUACCAGAUCACGGUGACUGACAGCAUGCGACCAUUCUCAAUCGUUAGUUGCAAAUGCAGAGUGAAAGAAGAUAAAUCGCUUGACCUCUAUAAGGUUGAAAUAAACCAUACUCGUCGAAUGGCCAUAGACACAUCAUGCGUGGAUAAGAAUUUAGACCUGAGGCUGACGCUAUGGACCAAGAGUAUUGGCAAUGACUUUACUGAUGAAGAAAUUCAGAGCCUUAGAAACCUGAUUAGUUCAGCUAUUUUAGAUCCUGGAGUGAAGGGUGGUUUGAGAUGGCCUCUACGGAAGUCAAACUCGGGGGAUCAGUACUGUGUUACUGGGGUUUGGCACCUAGAAGUUAAGUUGUAUGAAACCUCAUCACUGAGGCUCAAGGUAAGACAUGCUGAUCGGUUUAGAUUUGAGUCUUCUACUGGGGAGUCUUCAAUUGAGAUUAUUCUGAAGUUCAAGCGAUUAGCUUCAGACAUACUGGAACAGAAGGUGGAUGCUGAUACUAUGUAUAAUAUGUUUAAGGACACCUUAGGGUUGAUAUGGGAUCAUUUUCUGUGUUGUGAGCACUUGUUGACACAAGCAACUCAUGCCAAGCUUUACCUACUGUGA